GGUGAGCCUGAGUUUUCGGAUUUUUGCAAAUUGCUGCCUUUAUUAGCGAGUGGCAGCCCCAGAAAGACGGAAAACUGGAUAGUCAGCAGUCGUUGACCGUUGGGCGAUUCAAACAUGGCGCAAAUGUCCCGACCAAUAGCCUAAAGUCAUUUUUGACAACGUCAAACAGUUUGAAAUCUCCGGAUAUUUUGCAAACAUUUGUUAUGUCCGGGCGAUUAUCGCUUGUAAAAUGUUCAUUAACGAUGUGAACCGGAAAGAAGAGAUUCGAAGCAUUGCCGUGCAACAUUUGCGAAAAUAUGGAAUCAAAUACAGGCCGAAGAAGCAGCGCCCCGUCACACAGGCGCAGAUAUGUGGAAAGAAGCUUUUCAAAGUGCCCCUUGACGGCCUCGCGACCGAAACCGUAACCCUUCCCAAUGGGCAGCAGCUGAUUGUGCCCAAAAGGCUGCAGGAGAUGUGCACCUACAUUUUGUCCAAAGUGCAGACUGAGGGCAUUUUUAGGAAAGAAGGCUCCAAGGCCAGGCAACACGAAAUCAAGCUGUCUUUGGAUAGGGGCCAUCCAUUGGGUGUCGAGCACCAUGUAAUUGAUGUCGCCGCCGUGCUAAAAUGCUUCUUACGCGAACUUCCCGAGCCCCUUAUAGCGCCUGCUUUGAACGAUCUAUUUCUCAUGUGCAGUCUGGAUAAGCGACCGAAAAGGGAUGUGAUUGAGUGCCUGUUGCUGUCCUGUUUACUGUUGCCCAGCAAAAACCUCAACGUUCUGUCCUAUUUAAUGCAGUUCUUCAAUGAAGUGGCCAGCUUUUCACUUCACAAUAAAAUGAACUUCAGCAACCUGUCGAUUUUAGUGGGACCAAAUAUAUUUCCCAUCGAUGAAAAGGUGGCACCCAAAAGCUCUUUGACCAUCACCAGAAUAUGCGAAAUUACCCGACUAUUGAUAGAGAACUCGAAGAGCAUCGGCGUGAUCCCUGAGUACAUAAUGGAGCAAAUCGGUCAGCUGUCGGACUUGGAGAGCGAAAAGAGGCGCAAAAUCAAGCGAAGAAGUGGUUCGUUAACAAGGAUGCUCAACGGUCUGAAGAAAAUUGUCAGCAGUAAAACGGAGGAAGUGGGCCGACAACCGGCCACUCCGGACGUGUUACUCACCCCCUCAAUACACGCUUCUAUGAAGAAGAAAAAAGGCGACAGUGGGCUCUCCCUGAAGCGCAAAAAAGAGGUGCUGCGCAAGCUGCCCGACUGUGCGCUUCUAAACACGCCGUUUACUCCGAGCAAAACUCCCGUUUGCGCCAAUCCCAACGGAAAGAAAACGGCGAACGAACACGAAAGCGUGCCAGACUUGGCCAAAGAGAAGAAAAUGCACUGGUACAUGCGAAGCCGCAGCAUGAAGAACCUAAAGGAGGAGGAUGCGAAUGCGUCCAGCAGCAACAGCUCCAGGCGGAACAGCAUCGGCCCCAAGACGCUUUUGGAGCGCCGCUGGUCAGCAGUCAGUAACGCUGCUGCCUUCAGAAAAAAGAAACGGCACUCUUGUGCGGCCCCCAAAGUGGAUCAAGUGAGCUCCAUUCCGUCCCAUCCGGAAGACCCCGAGUACGUGCGCGUGUCCAAAACCGAAUACGAAGAGUUCAAGAACCGAGUGUCUGCUAUAGAGCGGCGAAUUUCGAUCGAACUGGACAACGUGCAGUCGCACAUGCAAAACGAUAAUAACGUCAACUGCGAAAUCGACACCAACAUCGAUAACGUGCAGUCCGCCUACGAGAAAACCCUCGAAACGGCGUCGCUGAGCCCCAGCACCGACCAGUUGGCGCGCCGAUUGAGCCGCGAUUUGAAGAUACGGCGCAGCGCUGAGCAGAAGAUUAUCAGGUCGCCCAGCGCCAGGAAAAUCGGCACUCUUCGACGAAGGUCUACAGAGCGGGAGAAGAAGAACGUGCAGGCUCAAGUAGGGCGCACUCAAACUUCCCAAGCUCCUCUGCUGCCCAGAGUGAGCACGCGGCGCCCGAAAAAGCCCCAGCACGAAUCAUUCGACAGCGUGGAGACAGCGCCGCUGACUAAUGGAGUGCAGCGGUCGAUUUCCUUCCCGAAAACGUCGCGACCGACUGCAGCUGAAAGCUCGGACAAACGAAGCAGCCUGACCAACACUUCGUUCGUCCACCCCAGUCCUCUGGAGAUGUGCAGUAGCCGAAACGCUUCCGGAACCUCCCAGGAGCAGUGGGUGAGCGCCGAAGGUUAUUUCGGUGUGACGCCUCAAGAGGAGUCCUCCGGCACCUCCAGAGCCUCGAUCGCGAAGCUCCGAAGCCAGAACUUGGGCAUGGUGAGGGCCAAGGCCAGGCUGUUUGACCACUUGCAAGACGUUGAUACAUCUGGACAGGCGGGGCAAAGUUCCGAAAAGACGCCGCUCAAAACCCCGUCUGCAGACGGUUCCAGAAAGUCCUACAGGAUCAAGUGCAUGCGAGCCGAAGAAAGACGCAGGAAGAAGGGCAGCACCUCGCCUAGACGCAGACAAGCCGUUCUGUCGCAGAAGCAGAAAUUGCAAAGCAUUGGCCGCCAGUAUGCUGCCCGUUGCAACAGCUCCACACAGGACUCCCUGGAUCUCAGCACGCCGCGCAAGGACCUGAACAGCCUCGAUGCGGCCGUAUUGUCGCCCCGCCUCAAAGUGCCCUACAUCAAGGGGCCCCUGGCCCUUAAAACCCCUAAGCGCUUGUGUCGCACACCCGCAGUCGACCGGAGGACGCCCUUUAAAGCCCUGGCCACUCCCCUGUGAAGACUCAACAAUCAACUGAGCCUCGAAGUGUCACCACGAAGUGUUCAAGAGGAUCUCCACAAGGGUCCAAGGGACUGACUUUGACUUUAUAGUUCUAGUUUGUAAAUUGUCUGUUUUUACUUACAAGACACUUGUUUGUGCUUGCUCAAUCUUGUUAAAAUAUACUUUUUUAGGAAC